AAAGAAGAUUCUUAUGAUGAAUUCUAUCUUUACACAGUUAAAUGAAUAUGUCUUAGUCAAUCAUGCAGAUAUAGACCCAAUUGGGAAAUCACAGACAAAAAGUGUCUUAAUAUCUUUCGUUGAAGAUGUAACCUUCACAAAUACUUGUUUGUUUUCAUUCUUCAUAGCAUUUCGAAAUUUCAUAAGAAGACAUCUCACUCUAAUGUGCGCGCCUUUCACCCAUUAACUCACGUUAACAAUACUGCAGGAUUAAUCCACACGGCCAACGGUGCCCAGUGACACGAGGCUGCCAUGCAGCCUUCUCCACUCGACGACAAGAACAGCAGCACCUGAACCUGGACAUGAACGCUUCGAGGAAAACAACUUUCUUGAGGGUGGCGGUGGACCAGUGGGGGACUUGGGUUCGCGUUAAGGAAGACCAGUGGGGCGUUGUGCACAUUGAGGGGCCCAUGUCAUAUCUCCUUGAAAUUCUGGCCGACAAACUGGCCUUCAACUACGAAUUGGUGCGGCCUGAGGACCACCUGUGGGGAACACCGCUUCCUGAUGGCAACUGGUCAGGCAUGCUUGGGAUGCUACAGCGGCAGGCAAGUUUCUUCCCUACUCACUGA